AUGCCGUUCCACCUGGUGACUCCCGCUGGUAAGCGUAUUAACAUUUUGAACGACGAGGCAGCUGCUGCUGCUGCUAGAGAGAGGGGUGAAUUACCACCGGUCAAGAGGAGAAAGUCGGGUAUUGCUCAUUUUGCGUCUGGCAGCGAUUCGUACAGUAAAGUACGGGCUAAAAAGCCGAUUCGUGGGAUUCAUAAAAACGAAUCAGAUGAAGAGAAGGAAGAUAAUGACGAAGAAGAGGAUGAGCUAGAUAGACAAUUGGCAGCUGAACUGGAAAGGGCGAGGAAGUUGCAAAUGCAGCCUGAUUUAGAUGAUGACGAGCUCAUGGAAGAACUGGAUAGCGACGAUAUCGAGAAAAAAGAAGAGGGUGCUGAUGGUGCAUUAGCGAGUGUUGAUGCCAGUGGUAAUGUGAUAUUACCACGAGGAUCCGGGUUUGCUCCACAGGUCAAGAUUGAAUUGCAACAUAUUCCUGGUAUUAACGAGUUUGCGAUGCCAGGAGGAGGACCAGUUUCAAGUCGCGGUUCGGUGACUAGUUCUGGUUCGGACACUAUCCCUCCUGUAUCAGGACCUCCUCUUGGUAUGGGGGCUAGUUUUGUUCCUAUUAACGGACCAGGCGGUCCUAGUCCAGGACCUCCUGGUUCUUUAACUCCAGGACCAGUACCUCCUGGAGUCAUGAAUCAACCUCCACCACCUCCACCUCCUCAACAUGCUGGAGGACCACAUGCUCCACCACCUCCACCUUCAAUUAGCUAUCAACAAUUCCCACCUGGAACAGUGUUUGCACCUCCAGGAACAGCAGGACCGCCAGCUCAAUUCCCACCUGGCCAAUUCCAACCAGGUCAACAUGUCACUUAUUAUUACACUUCGGCAACUCCUCAACAGUUAAGCCAGCAGUUACCUCCUGGUCCUCCUGGCACGACCAUGACUUAUUACUACGCGUAUCAGCCUCCUUUUGCGGGUGGUAACGGAGUUCCCGCAGGUUCUCCAGGUAAUAAUGGUGGUGAAGGUGGUGAAAAUAUUUCUGGAGCUGCUGAUACUGGUGCUGGUGCUGGCGCUGGCGCUGGUGAAUCCGUAGCUGGUGAGUCAGUUGCUAGUGAGCCUGUGGUUUUAGAACCUGUAAAUGUUGCUGGUGAAUCACGUCCUGAUGGAGAAGUAUCUGCUCCUGCUGACGAGUCGAAACCUGAUGAGACUGUCACUGCUAAAGUAGAGUCUGCUACGGAUGAGAGUGUAGAAGCUGCUGAGUCUAAGAACAAAGAUUCAAGUGAAUCUACAGUAGACGUCAAAACUACUGAUUCUACGGAUGCUGUUAUUGAUUCCACCGCUGAUGCUGUCGUUAAAGACUCUGUUACCGAUUCUGCUACCGAUUCUACCACUGAUGCUGCUACUGCUAACACUGAAGUUACUACUGAUGCUACUACUGCUGCUACUACUGCUGCUACUACUGCUGCUACUUCUACGGAUGCUGCUACUGUUGCUUCCGCUACUGAUUCUACUACAACUGCUGCUGAUGCUGAGGCUGGUGCUGAUACUACCGUUACCGAAGCAGAUGCCGCCCCUGCUUCUGCCGAUGCUGACAGUUCUACUGCCAAAGCACCAACUACCGACGGACCAGUGGCUGAACCUGCUCCUGGUGACUUGACCAGUUCAGGCCCCCAAAUCCCCGGUCUGCCUGGUCUUGUUCUUGCUCCUGGUUCAGGUGGCCCUCCUGUUUUCGGUCCAAUGACCCCCGGUGGAAUGCCACUGCCACCUCCAGUACCUGGUCAGCAAAUGCAGCAGUUUUUCCUUGGAGCACCUCCUCCACACUUGCCUCCCCCACAACCAGGUCAACAUUUGGUUGCUGUUGUCACUGGACCUGGCCCAUUGGGUCCUCCACCUCCUGGAAUGACCAGUGGACCCGGUGGUCCCAUCACUGUUCUUGCUGGUCCUGGUCCAUUAGGACCUCCCGGACCUGGACCAGGUCCAGGUGCUCCUCCUGGUUCUCGUCUUCCUGGACCACCUCUCCAUUAUACACUUCAGAAUCCCAACUCGCCUCUUGGCGCACCAUUACCACCUCUUGUUCCACACAUUCCUGUUUUGGGUAUUCCACCAGUGGCCCACUUGGCCCGUUCGUCCAAUGCUCCAUCAAUCUCGUCUUCAAAACCUCUUAAAAAGUAUACUUGUCACUGUUUAAGGUCGUUUACAACGUCCGGACAUUUGGCUCGACACAUGAGAAUCCACACUGGAGAGAAAAACUACGUGUGUCCACAAGAGGGCUGUGGAGCCCGAUUCUCGAGACAGGAUAACUGUAUGCAGCAUUUCCGAACUCACGGCACCAGACGGGUCAAUGUGCGAACCAAUCGUAACAACGGCAAUAACGGAGGUGGUAUGGGUGGUGGUGGAGAUUCUCCUAGUCACGGUUCGACUGCCGGACCUGCUACUGCCUCGUCAACCCCUUCUGCUGAUGUUGGAUCCACCACUACGAGCACAUCAGCACCAGCCGAGUCAGAAUCAACGAACCAGUCGAACCAGGAUUCUUCGAAUCCAACUGCACCAACUGACGACAGCAACAACACUGGCUCUCCCGGCAAAACAAAAGAUGACGAGGCCAAUAACAAUGAAGACGACGGCCAAAAAACCUCAGACAAACCUGAAAAAAAAGAUAAAGAAGACGCUAACCCGCUUCACCUCUUUGCUGGCGUCGCUGCUACCCAGCUGCAAACCGUCUAA